CAUUUGCUGUCUUCCAGUGAAUAGUUCUAGUAAUUUAACCAACAUGUAUAUUUGUUAUUCCAUAUAAGUGUAAUGACAGGUUUGUAUUUACAGCCUAUGUUACAUGUUUAGUAAAGUAAUUCCUGUGUGAAAUGAGAAUUCCCAAAACCCAUUCAUGCCUGCUUUUCCUGUUUCCGGCAUUGGAAGAAAUACAUCAUGACCCCCUAGCCUUGAUUUUUGCAGCUCCACAGCACAAUAUAAACGACAUUACAGGGAAAUCGCAAAUAUGUAAAGUUGUGUCAAAAUGAAUCAUUUUAAAUCUGCAGGCAGCCAUGAUACUGUACAGGACCUUAACAGUAGAAUUACAUAUUUUUGUACAGUACCUAUAUUUUUACAAUGGUUUUGUUAGUCUACCAGGCCGUUCUUUUCUUACCCACAGUAUAUUCCGUAGCAAAUGAGACUAGAAACAAGGUUAUGGUAACAACAGAGUGCUGCUAUCCCCUCUCAUCGAUGAAGUAGGUGAAGAUGUCUGACAAAAGUGACCUGAAAGCUGAGCUGGAGAGAAAGAAACAACGGCUAGCCCAAAUACGAGAGGAGAAGAAGAGAAAGGAGGAGGAGAGGAAAAAGAAGGAGUCUGAGAGUCAACAACAGAAGACGGAGAACGUCUCGGAAGAUUCCGACUUGGACCGCAAACGCAGAGAAACCGAGGCUUUGCUACAGAGUAUUGGAAUCUCCCCGGAACCCCCGUUAGUGAGCACCACCAGUGAUGCUGGGAGCCAGGAGUCCGUAGAUGGAGGAGCAGUGGGAAGAACCCUGCAGUGGGACACGGACCCAUCGGCCCUCCAGCUGCAGUCCGACUCUGAGCUGGGACGCAGGAUACACAGACUUGGGGCGACAAAAAUAGUACAGAUCGACUUCCUUCCCAAAGAGCUGGUGACCUACACUAAAGAGACCCAGACUCCCACAGCACACCAGUCUGAAGAUGAAGACGAUGAGGAGGGAGGCGAGCCUAUUGCAGCCCCUCAGACCGACCAGACCGAGGAAGAGGGGGACGCAGAGGACCGUAAAGACGCCUCUCCUAAGGAGCUGACAGAGGAGGAGCGGGAACAGAUCCUUCACUCUGAGGACUUCCUGGUCUUCUUCGAGCGGUCGGUCUCCGUGGUGGAGCGGGCGCUUGCAGAGGAGUCUGACAUCUUCUUUGACUACAGUGGCCGGGACCUGGAAGACAAAGACGGUGAUAUGCAAGGUGGCUCCAGUCUGUCUUUCAACCGGGUGUUCUUUGACGAGCACUGGUCCAAACAUCGAGUGGUCACCUGCCUGGACUGGUCGCCACAGUAUCCGGAGCUCAUGGUGGCGUCCUACAACAGCAAUGAAGACACGCCCCACGAGCCGGACGGGACUGCCCUGGUGUGGAACAUGAAAUUCAAGAAGACGACUCCGGAGUACAUAUUUCACUGCCAGUCGCCUGUGAUGUCUGUCGGCUUUGCUCAGUUCCAUCCCAACCUGGUUGUGGGAGGGACCUACUCGGGGCAGAUUGUACUGUGGGACAACCGCAGUCACAGGAGAACACCGAUCCAAAGGACCCCACUGUCAGCCGCUGCCCACACCCACCCGGUCUACUGUGUGAACGUGGUGGGAACCCAGAAUGCCAACAAUCUGAUCACUGUGUCCACUGAUGGAAAGAUGUGCUCCUGGAGCUUAGACAUGCUCUCCCAGCCUCAGGAGAGCAUGGAGCUGGUGUACAAUAAGUCCAAGCCUGUUGCUGUGACAGGGAUGGCCUUCCCUGCUGGGGACGUCAACAACUAUGUGGUGGGAAGCGAGGAGGGAACAGUGUACUCCGCGUCCCGGCACGGCAGCAAAGCGGGCAUAGCGGAGAUGUUUGAAGGCCACCAGGGCCCGGUGACCGGCAUCAGCUGCCAUAACGCCGUGGGGACGGUCGAUCUCUCCCACCUCUUCAUCACAUCCUCCUUCGACUGGACUGUCAAACUCUGGACAACCAAGCACUGCAAGCCACUCUACUCCUUUGAGGACAAUGCGGACUAUGUGUAUGAUGUCAGCUGGUCCCCGGUGCAUCCAGCUCUGUUCGCCUCGGUGGACGGAAUGGGUCGUCUGGACCUGUGGAACCUCAACAAUGACACGGAGGUGCCUACAGCGAGUGUGACCAUUGAGGGAGCGUGUGCGCUGAACAGGGUGAGGUGGGCGUCAGGAGGCAGAGAGGUCGCCGUGGGAGACUCAGAGGGGCGUGUCUGGAUCUACGAUGUCGGAGAGCUGGCGGUGCCCCACCCGGACGACUGGAGCCGAUUCGCCCGCACCUUGGUCGAGUUCCGCGCCAACCGUGCCGAGGGAGAGGAAGACGGGGUCACAGAGCAGACGAGUUAAUGCCUCCUCGGUCUGGCGUCAGUGGAUCCAGCGUUACACAACAUCCUGAUGACAGACAUUUUUACCAAUAACCAACCAGAAUUUACUGACAGCGUAACAUCAGCAAGUCCAUGUAUCCAUGUUUAGGGGAGAUUCAAGUCACCCUUGGUAAGUUAUCACUGUGAUCAGGCUCCAUUAAUCGAAGCAACAUCAAAAUACAACCGCUAAGAAGGGCCAAAACCUCUUACUAUAAAUAUUUAUUUGUUCUUAAGUUAAGGUUGACAUCAUAUAAUAUGCGUAAUAUAUAAAUAAUAUGGUAUGCAAUUAUAAUGUGCUUAUUGGUUUAAUUUUGGCCAUAAAUAUUUGAGUGAGCUCGACACAUGAUAAUUAUUUCAUUGUAUUCCUGAUUUGUUUUGGAUUGUACGAUAUUCUGAAUUGAGCUUAUAAUGUUUGUUCUUCAAGGUUAUAAAAGCUGCACUAAUAAGUUGGAUCCUUGUUCUUCUCUCAUAAUACCCAUGUUAUGAAAAUACAGGCUUUGUGCAUGCAUGUUUUGUUUGCUGUUAAAAGCUUUGUUUUGUUGGUUUGUUAAACAGUAUUAUAACUAUAUAAAUACUAUUGAUGAUUGGGACAGACUGCCACUGUGUCUUUGGCCUGUAAGGACAAUAAUUGAAAAUAAAAUAACAGAAUUGACCUUUA